AUGAAUGCAAAUCAAUUAAGAAUUCCAAAGACAUUACAUUUUGCUGAUGAAAUAUCACAACUUAAUAGUAAUUUCAUUAGUGUCAAUUCUUACAAUCAAAACUCUACAUCGAUUUCAACACCAGCCAAUCCCAGGUCAGUAAACAAAUUUAUUAAUGGUGCACCCAAGUAUUCUCUGGCUGUUAAUUACAAUUCAAAUUCCCUAAUUUAUGACAUAAUUGAUUUAUAUUUUUUACCUGACACUGCCCCUGAUGAAUUGGAUAAAAAACCCCUAUCGGCGAAUGAUAAACACAAUGUUCAACCAGCAUUAUUUGCCUCGUUACAUAAGGGAUAUCAUUAUUUCUUUGGGAAUGAUUAUUUACCAAGUACUUGUAAUUCAAUCAAUGAUGAAAACACGCGAGUGGUAUUGGAUAUGGAUAUGGGUAUGAAUAUGAAUGACACAAACACAACAAUUUAUCAUGACGAUAGUAAUGAAACACAAAGCAUUAAUGUGUGGUUCAAGAACAAAUCAGCUGGAUUCUUCAAUAAACUAAAAUGUUUUGGCCAUAAAUCCACCACCACUGCUACAAGUACUACAAAUUAUAAAGUUGGUGAAACUGUAGAUGAACAAUUGAAAAGUUUGUUUAGUGAGACAACCAUAGAAGAGAACAAUUUAAAGGAAUUUGCUGAACAUCGACCUAAACGAAGAGUGACUAUUCAAGAAAAGGAAGAGAUUAUUUUUCCCAACUAUUAUGAACGUAAAUCACCAGCCAGGUUUAGAAGAAAUAUUACUCGCAAAUUGAGUUCAUUUAAAAGAUGCAACAUCUAG